GUUCUACAAGAGCUUCCUCCUCUCCAUUAUUGUCAGCUGCCACAGGCACCACCACCAUGGAAAAGCUGCUCACCGUAGUGUGUGUUUCAAGCCUUCUUCUAGCCACUCUCGCGGACGAUGCCUCCUCCAGAUCUUCUCUUCAGCACCCCUCCCCGGACAGUCUACAAGGUCGUGUUCUAGGUCGCAGAGGCAGAGAGGAACCGGCACACCACCACCAUUACCGGCGUGAAGGCGACCACGAGGAGCAGCAUGAGGUUGUGCCUAUGGGAGUGGAGAGUGUUGAAGAGAGGAGGAAGGCGGGCUGGAGGAACGAGGACGAGGAGGCGGUUGCGACGGAAGGGCUGAUCUCCAGCGCGGACUACAGCGGCGUGGCCAUGCACGGCCACAGCUCCCCGCCGGCGCACAAAAAGCACCCCAGGCCAUAGGCCUUCCGCCUCCGGAUAUUAUUCAGUUCGUGUGUAAUCUUGUCCGGUUCAGUUUCCAGUUCUUUGUGCCUUUAGCAAAGUAAGUAGGCCGGUUUCACGGAAUUGGGGUAUCGGGAGCUCCUCGCCGUCUCUGUAAAAGAUGCCAAGUCCACGAUUUUAUAUGGAUCUUCGUUAAAAAGAAAAAUCGAGAUA